AUGGAUCGUUUGCGAGCGGUCGUUAUGGUGGCAGUGCUGCUACUUACUGUCUUUUCGUUAGGCUGCUAUGCUGCUGGUCCUCAUCCGAUUAUUGUUCCCGAUCAACUUCGACAUGUAGCCUCUGAACGUGAUGGGAGUUUUCGAUAUAACUCCUCGCUUCGUCUACCAGAUGUCGUAUCAGUAAUGGAAUACUUUGUGCAAAUCCAACCAUAUUAUCCAGCUCCAGAAGUCCAUUACAACGAUAGCAGAAACAUGACGUUUGAUGGAUUUGUUCUAAUGUCUAUGGUGGUGAAGAAGCCUACAAAUGUUAUAACAUUAAAUGCACUGAACAUUGACGUCUCGGAUCUACAUCUCAAGGAUCUGUUACAAAACGAAAUUCGUGUGAAGGAGAGGAAAUAUAAUAAUGUUACUCAACGUUUGAUAAUACAUCUAACCGAUGAACUCCCUGCUGGAUUAGUACUUACUCUUUCAAUCAAUUAUACUGGUUUGAUAAAUCCAUACACCGACGGCGGACUUUUCUAUACCUAUUAUCUGGAUACAGAUGGUGAAGUACAUUGGAUGAUUGCUACACAAAUGGAAGCAUUUGGUGCACGUUCAGUGUUUCCAUGUUUCGAUGAGCCGGCUUUCAAAGCGGUGUUCCGUCUUCAACUAAUUUUCCCCUCUUCACAUGUUCCACUCGGGAACACAAUGCGAAAUAAGGGAGUGGAAUUAGAGAACGGCUGGUCUAUGGCAACGUUCCCACCGACACCAAUCAUGUCAACUUAUUUAGUUGCAUUCACUGUAGGACCAUUUGAAUCACAUACCGUUAUAAACAAAGAUGGAAUACUGGUGCGCUCAUGGGGAUGGACCGGACAACGAGAAUACCUCAAAUUUGCGGCAGAAACAGCCGCUGAGUGCCUACAUCAAAUGACUUUGUAUACGGGCGUUAAAUUCCCAAUCAACAAAUGCGAUAAUGUGGGACUUCCACAAUUUCCCUCUGGUGCAAUGGAAAACUACGGGCUUCUUUUGUACAAAUAUCAGCUCAUCCCCUUCAAUCCAUAUACAACGUCGGUUCUGCAAAAAAUAGAAUCAGCAAGAGUGUUGUGUCAUGAAGUAUCCCAUCAGUGGUUUGGGGAUCUGGUCACGGCUAAAUGGUGGGAUAAUCUGUUCCUACAUGAAGGAUUUGCUGCCUACUUUAUGAGAUUAAUGAUGGGAAAAGUGUUCCCUGAAGAAGCGAAAUUUGUUGACACUACAAUGCUUUCGCUUGAUCGUGAACAAGCUUUAAAUCAGGAUGCUGGCCCAACUACUCAUCCACUGAUCGCAUCAGAUGGACCCUAUUUCGAUAAGAUUACAUACAAAAAAGGCUCAGCGCUUCUACGAAUGUUGUCAGACGUUUUGGGACAGGAGGUGUUCCAAGAUGGAAUCAGGGAAUAUAUCAAAUCUCAUGAAUAUGGCACAGCUUCACAUUUAGACCUAUAUACUUCCCUGACUGAGGCGGCCGCUCGAGCGAAAGUUAAAGGUUGCUGCUCUUACAAUAUAAAUGUUACGGAUCUGAUGGAGCCGUUCUCGCAUCAGGAAGGUUUCCCACUGAUAAAUGUACACUACGAUAAAUUCUUCUAUGAACUGAGUCAAGAACCUUAUAACGAAACAUCGGAUAGUCCACCAUCACCUUGGAACUAUACGUGGAUAAUUCCCGUUCGAACGGAAAGUUUCGAAUUACCGGAGGGCGAGGUUCACUGGAUGAUGUCACGUUCUAAGAGAGUGAAGGUGUAUAGCCUCAAUAACGAAAAACACAACUAUCGUCUAGUUUCGUACACUUCCGCUACCUAUGGCAGAGUUCGCUACGAUAACGAAAGUUUAAAUGCUAUCCUGGAGAAAAUUACCACGGAAGAUGUGCCUAUUGGUGUAAAAAUUACACUUGUUGGAGACGAAGUGGCAUUAAUCAAACGUCAAAUAAGUAGAGGCCUUCCAUAUUCAUACGAUCGUCUACUUAACGUACUGUCUACAGUCUACAAUACACCAUCAACAGAUGAUCCAUCAUUCACCUUAGCGGAUCUUGUACUACCACAAAUGGAGUUCUUUGCCAGCCUCAUGCAGGAUAGCAUUGAUGCACCAUUAAUUGAUAGAUUCUUCAACAAAGUAUUCGGGAAGAUCUAUAAGCCAGAACUAUGGGAGUCCGCAGACUCCUGGAAUGCGAAUGCGUUCAAAUAUGCCUUCUUACCGUAUGCUGUCAAAUACAAUAUUGGAGAUGCUGUUCAGAGGGCUAAGAAAGUUUUUAAAGAAAUUGAUGUUAACUGUGCAGCACUUCAAAGUAACAAUGGAAGUUCUUGGUGCAGUGGAGUGUCCGUCGAAAUUCAUCGAGCCGCGUACUGUGCUGCUGGAAAAUAUGACAAUGAACGCGGCGAGAAUUACGAUAAAUUAAUGAACUACUAUAGCGGAGAGGUUAAAGUAAAUCCAUACUUCUUCCAAGAAUACCGCGCGUUAUUAGAAGGAAUGGCAUGUACGGAACUACCCGGACGAUUGGAAACGUUGAUUGAACUCUUCCUCGAGUCUCCUCUGCAACCUUCAAUGAUUUUUGGUUGGUUUAAAUCAAAUCCAAAAGCGUCGGAUGCUCUCUAUGGAUACCUUGACAGAAAAUCCGAUUCAGUACUCAAAUACGAUGGUCUUUCCUCAUACUUCGAUGCUAUGACGUACAACUGGAGGUCUAAAACAAGGCUACAGCAGUUCACCAAGUUGCAUCAAAAGCUUUUACAAAAGCUGAACAAGGAACAGAAAGCACUUUUCGAUAAAUAUGAAGAAAAAAUCAAGAAAAAUAUUGAAUGGUCUGAACAACAUCUACCAUCCAUAAUGAGAUGGAUGUACGACAAAUUGGUGGUUGUUCGAAAACUUUUAUGGAAGAAGAGACUCCCCGGAACAAUUGCACCAAAACAAUACGAUCUUGAAAUCACUCCCUAUAUACCAGGAUCAGGCAAAUAUAUUUACUCCAAAAAUAUGACAUUCGAUGGUAAAGUUACGGUAAAAUUCAUUGCCACAGAAGAAACUUCAGAGAUUGUUUUGAAUGCUCAUAGACUGGUGAUAGAUCCAGACUCUAUUGUAGUGAUGGAUAAUCAGAAUAAAACGAUAAAAGUUAUCACAACGAGAGUCACAAAAGACUACGACAACGGAAUCCUUCAUAUACCAGUUGGGGAGAAACUUCGUCGUAAUUCCCAGUACUAUAUGACAAUUUCGUAUUAUGGAUUUAUUUUCGACAAACCACAAGAUGGUGUCCUCAGCAACUAUAACUAUUACGAAUUUAAUGGAAAACAAGGGUGGAUCUUCAGCACUGAUUUUGAGGGUGGUCCAAGUCCUCGAUCGUUACUUGUCUGCUGUGACGAGCCCGCCUAUAAGGCUGCAUUCAAAAUCACUGUUCGUCAUCCAGCCGACAUGACUGCUUUAUCCAACAUGAUUAACACGGACACCACGAUGGGCAAAGAUGGAUGGGCGGUGACAAGCUUCCAGAAAACACCUCCAAUGUCCUCUUACCUGGUUGCGAUCUCCGUGGGUCAUUUUUCGUCAUUGUCAGCCGUAUCUGAAACUGGCGUACUAGUAAGAGUAUUCUCGUGGACAGGAAUGGAAAAAUAUGCUGAAUUCUCCGUAAAAGUAAUGGCUGCUUCCGUUGACUACAUGAGCAACUACUUUAAUUCCCCAUAUCCACUAAAUAAACUUGAUAUUAUUGCUCUGCCCCAAUACACCGGUACCAUGAGCGCUAUGGAAAAUUGGGGUCUUAUAAUCGGCAACUACAAACUUCUAAUGAUAGAUCCAGAAUACGCUAGUGCGGCAGUUGUUGGAAAAGUAUCUACUGUUGUAGCUCAUGAAGUUGCACACCAGUGGUUUGGUGAUCUUGUAACAAUGGAUUGGUGGUCGAAUCUGUUCCUAAACGAAGGAUUUGCAGAGUACUGGUCUCUUAAUGCAGUCAACGACACCUUCACCGAUCAACGAGCGUAUUCGGAGUAUUUCCGAUUCAUAGCCACAACGAAAGCACUUUGGGAUGAUUGUGGAGAGACGCCAUUCCCAAUACUUACGGAUGAAAGUGGUUUGUUCACGUCAGCAGUUUAUAAGAAGGGAAGUGCUUUGUUGAACACACUCUCCCAUACUCUUUCGCCGGAAACACUCCAGAAAGGUCUCCGCAGUUAUGUUUCCAAGAAAGCAUAUGGAAAUGCAAAGCCAGCAGAUCUAUGGGCAGCAUUAACAGAGGCCAGCGCAGAGGACGGGGUGAAAGGUUGGGAUGGACGAAAUCUGGAUGUUUCUACUUUUAUGGAUUCAUGGACUAAUGAGGGAUCGUAUCCAAUCCUGAAACUCAAGUAUGAUAUGGAUAAUAGCCGAGUGACAUAUGAGCAAGAAUCCUGCUCCGGAGGCAGUGCUAGCAACACCACUUGGUAUAUUCCAGUAGUGAGCAAAACUUGGGAUAAAUCAUUCCAAUAUUCCGAAGAGUUGAACUGGUUCCACGGAAAAGAUGGUUCCUCUCAAAAAUGGUCGCAAAUAUACCCAAUGAAAAGAAUUGAUAAUAUCAGACGUACGUCAUUUUUACGUACGUACUAUGAUAAUGCGAAUUGGGCCUCAUUGCUGAAGAAUGUAUACGUGGUUAAAGAUUCGACAACAUUGGGUGCGAUUCUGGAUGAUGCGUGGUUUUUCCUCAUGAAAGGUAGCUACACGUGGACGCAAUUUCUGGACUUGACAAGAGAAAUAAUGUGGAAGAAUGACUUAAUUCCAUGGACAGUUGGAUUGCAAUUCAUGCGCAAAAUGUAUGAAGCAUACCGAUUCCACGCAGAUAACAGAAGAAUUCUGAAAUACCUGAUUUAUAUGGGAGAAUCGUCAUAUCUUACUAUACACGAGGCAAUGAAACCUAGCCCUUACUGGGAUCAACAAAUACUUGGAGGUGAACUCGCGGAAUGGAUGUGCCGUCUGAAUAAUUCUGAAUGUCUUAAAAGAGUAAACAUCCAAUUCAAUAACUUUGUUUCAAAAUGUAGUACUAGCAGAACUGGAACAGCUCAAUGUGUGGGUGUGAUUCCUGAUUAUCGGGCUACAAUGUACUGUUACGGUCUGAGACAGAAUCCGAAAGCCCACGAUUUGAUCUAUUCGUUACAAAAAUAUUUUGCUCGAAAUGCAUUUUACUUUAAUCGUGAUCGCCUCAAUUUAUUGUAUGGGUUGUCAUGUCUCAAUGACUUCGGGUUACAGAAAAAUUAUAUCCAUCGUGUUCUGGAUGGCCUUCUACCUGCGGAAUUCAUUCUUUACAUUGGAGAAAAUGAUGUUACUGGAAAUAUGCUAUACGACUUUUUUGUUGAAGAGAUUCGAAAGAUCCUCAACUCCGACAUCGGGUUUGAUUUUUACGUUGAAGCGAUGAUCACUGAUUGGUCUCGUAAGGAUCAAAUACAGAAGCUGAUCAACUUCAAGUUUGAAGAGGACUACAAGUUCCUGAAUAAAGAGCAGCGAGACGUAUGGGAAGAUGCCAUAAAAACUGUCGUCGAAAGGGAAUCAUGGGAUUCACUACCAAGGAUAGCUAUGCUACCGCAGAUUAUCAUUAUUUAUCUUCCAAUAGGUUAUCCAAUACACGAUUCUCAAAAAUACUGUCAAGACGAGGAAAUUAUGGUUCAAAUGGGACCAAAUAUGCGGAAGUUGGGUCCCCUAGAAUGA